AUGAAUAAUGGUCACAGUCCUUGGGAACUUCAUUUGAUUCACUUCUUUACAAAUUAUGAAAUAGAAUUUAGCGUUAUGAACGCAUGUAAAAUGUGCAAUACAAAGUGUAUUUAUUUUUUAUAUAUUUUUAAUCCUGAUGACUAUUUAUCUCAACAUUGUCAUGAUAUACCAGGAUUGACAAUAAAACGAUUAUAUUUCGAAUUAACUGGAGCUGUAAUCUAUUCUCAUCCAAAUUAUGCUCAACUAUAUGAUAAUAUUGAUAAAAAUGUACAUCAAUCAAAAUCAAACUUAUUUAAACAAAACAAUAAAUCUAAUAUUAACAAUCACAAAAAAUCAGUUAAAUUAUCAAAUAAAUUUGUAACAGUUGAUGAAACUAGUUUUCCACAAUCAUAUGCUUCUCAUAAACAUCGAAAAAACCAUCUAAAUUCAACAGUCACAACGACGACAACAACAAUGGCAACAAAGGUGUUAAAACAAUCAACUGAAACUGUAACAAAUCAUAAUCAAUUAAAGAACAACCUUGAUCAUAAGUAUCCAGUUAAUUUUAGUUGUGAAAUUUAUGUUCAUUCACGUGUUAAUUCACGUAUUAUGAUAAGAUUUCAAUCAUUCUAUAUACCAUCACAACAGCACUUAUUAUGUGAUGAAAACUAUCUAUAUUUAUUUGAUUCAAAUACACCACAGUAUCGUGCUAUGGCAGAAGCCGGUGGUGAAAGAGGUCUUUGUCAGCAUCAUUUUCCUACACAACCAAUUUUCACAACGAAAUCAUUUGUUACAAUUGUAUUCAGAUCAACAACAUUCUCAUCAUCUUCAUCAAUGGAUAUGGAACCUGGCUUCAAAUUAAUACUUACAGCAAUAACUGAUGACAACAGAACAAAUUUACCACUUCUUUUCCCAAUCAGUUCAACAGCUAACACAUUGAUAAUUGGAUGUAUUAUACUAGUCUCUUUUGUUGUUAUUGUCUUUGCAUAUUCAUGUUACCAAUAUUGUUAUCGUAAGAAAUUACGAACAAUACAAAUACCCAACAAGUCAAUCAUUUACUGGUCAUCGUUUAAAACAAUGAAAGGAUUAAAUCGUAUUUCACAAGAUCAUGUUAAAUCUAACUUAACAAACCAAGAGCAAAAAACGGACAUGAACAAAGAAUGUUUGACACAAAAUGGGUUGGGAAAAUAUGUGAUAGGUCGUAGUGCAACUGAUGGUACCUUAAGUACGCUUGCUGAAUCCUACCUAGGAUCAAAUAAAAAUGAAAAAUCUACUUCAGAUAUCAAUCAAUCUUCCCUUUAUUUACAAAAUAGACCACUGAUUCCCCAAUCAAUUAGUAGAAACUCACUUCAAUCAAAUGAUUAUAAUUACCAUAGUAAUAAUAAUAAUAAUACAAAGAGUGUCCAUUUUGAUGUACCUAAUAGUAAUGAUAAUAAUAAUAAUAAUAACAACAAUAUAUCACAAAAUUCAAACCAGUAUUACAAAGCACCAUGUGUGAAUUCUAUUAAUCCUCAAUGUUUUGGAUCAUAUUGUGAAACGGUUCCUUUCAUCAAUCAACAACAACAAAUUCAAAUAAAUUGGCAAACUAAUUCUCAUCAGUUAGUAUGCUACCCAAUAAUGAAUAAAAGCCAAAUGUUUACUAAUUGUUCACAAACACUAUUUCAUACAAGUCUAUACUCAAAUAUUAAUAAUUCCCAAACACAAAUGUUAAAUGCCGAUAUUGUACCAUAUAAUAAUUUAUGGAGAUCUGCAUCAUUUGGCAACGAAACUGAGCUAUUACAGCCAAUUAACAAAGAGUUCCAAACAAAUAUACCACAUUCUAUGACUACAACGUUCUUACCAUUACAUCAGCAUCCAUUACAUUAUCAUCAUCAAUAUUCUACCACAACAGCACCGCCACCACCACCACCUUAUCCAAAGGAUCAUAGACUGAUUAACCCAUGUACUGCAUCAAAACAAAUAAAAUAUCACCUGGGAGAGUUGGGAAAAUCAGAUGAAUAUGUUGUAAGAUCUCCUUCAAAAUUAUUACUGAAGAAAACUGUAGGAAAAGAGCAAAAUACUAAGAUGAUCACUAAUUUCAAUAAGAAAACUGGAACAAAGCGUGUUGAUAACCGGAAGCUUUACAGAAGAAAGCAUAAAGAGCAUCUAGGUAUGAUCAACAACCAUCUCACUCUAGAUCACUAUACCAAGAAUGACAGGAAUAGACAUUAUAUUCUUAGUGUAUAUUCUGAUGGUAGUGUAUCAGAAUCAAGCGGUAUGUAUAUGGUCAAACACUGUGGGUACCGCAACAGGAAACAUUCAAAACAUUUUGAUAGUAAAGCACAAAUUAUUGACUCUGAUUCUCCUGCUACAACUGAUGUAAGUAUUACUCAUACUAGCAAACGUUCGAGGAAAUGUAUCAACGAACAUUUUAUGCAUACAGAACAUAAUCAACGAGUUAGCCAUUCACAUAAACAUAAAACAUGUCAUUUUCAUUCAAAAACACGACCGGCAAAACACACAAAUUUAUUAAAUAACAAAAUUCAGUCAAUAAGUGGCAGUCUGUGUAGCACAGUCAACAACGAUACUGAGUGUGAUAAACGUGUCAGAGAUUGUGAAAAGAAUUUUGAUGCUAAGAUUUAUACUUUAUCAUCAUUUAAUGAAAGAUAUACGAUAUCUCAUAGUGAAUCCAAUCCACUGAAUUUAUCUUUUUUAACAAGAGACAAUACAACCAAUAAUAUGAAUCGUUCAUUUUCUUCAUCUGACAUACCUUAUACGAGGCAUGGAGAAUACAUUUAAAUGGUCCCAAUCAGUUGAACAUCCUACAGCAGUAUUCAUCUUUACAUCGAGUAAAUACGCUUAUUUUCAAGAAAUAAGAGGGUACACAUUCGGAAUGUUAACAUGAAAUGUGUACACAUUAUCUCUUAAAUAAUAUUACAUAUAUAAAUAAACAAAUGAAAUUACUUUAAGAAACUGUGAGCUGCUGUACAGUACUUUCAUUAGUCAAUCAAAAGAAAGACCUACCUCAUUCUUAAUAAAUAAAACUCCAUAUUUCUCCUUAAUUAAUUAUCAAACUCAGGAAAAUUUUAUAUUACUCGUAAAUAGAUUUAUUA